AUGGACCUCCUGGAUAGAGCGCAAGUACUCCUUCUCUGUGACUUGUGUAAGGAAAAUGCAUUACAGAGUCAUUGUGAACUUUGCCAGAUUAACCUAUGUAAAGACUGCGUUGGGGAGCAUCUCUCUGUUUCAUCCAAAAGACACAAUGUUGUACCUUAUAAACAAACAAUUUUUGCUCCCGACAACCCAAUAUGUCUAAACCACACCCAGAAAUAUUGUGAACUUUACUGUGAGAGAUGUUACAUUCCUGUCUGUUCUACCUGCAUCGCCUCCGGUGAACAUAAAGGACAUGAUUUAUCAGACAAUCUGCACAAACUGAGUUUUAAAACAAAAUAUUUAGAAAAUGAUUUGAGAGAACUAGAAAAAAGAAUUUAUCCUAUAUAUGAAGAAAUUGAAUUAAAUUUAGAUUUCGAAAAAUCAAACGUGGAAAAACAUUACGAGAAACUGACAACAGAUGUGAUCAAACAAGGAGAAGAUUGGCACAGGGAAAUUAAUAUCAUUGUUAACAAACAAAAAUCUGAAAUUGAUGAGAUGAAAACCAAACACCUAGCUGCUCUAAAUAAACAAGAAAAAGAAAUUAAGCAGAUUACUUCUGAUGUAGAACAAAGCAUUCUUGAUCUGAAGAAAAUACUAUACAUCAAUGAUUUCCCACUAUCCACUGCAGAAUACAAAUCCAGGAAUGCUGAAUUCAGAAGUUUACCUCCUAAAAUCAGUGUAUCCUUACCAAGAUUCUCUCCAUAUCACAUCAACACAGAACAGCUUCUUCAAAUGUUUGGUUCUCUGUCGGUUUUAUCUCUUACAACAGAAGAACAUUGUUACACAAUGGAGACUCCAGAAGCUGUAUCCUGUUCUUCAGUCAAACAGCUGCUUGAUGAAUCAGAGCUCAUCACCAACAUAGAUACUGAGUAUGAAGAUCUAUACAAUGUUACCUGUCUCAGUAAUGAAGAAAUCUGGACAUAUGGAGACGAAAAAGUCAUGAAACUCUAUAACCUCCAGGGCAGACUACUGAAGGCAAUCGAAACCAAGUCAGGUACCAAUCCACGUGACAUAGCAGUGACAAGGAGUGGCAAUCUAGUUUAUACUGAUGAAAGUACAAGAACUGUAAACUUAGUGAAGAAUAAACAGAUACAGGAAAUGAUCAGACUACAGGGGUGGAUACCUUGCUAUGUCUGUAGUACCAUCUCUGGUGAUCUUCUGGUUUCCAUGAAUAAUGAUAAUUCCAAUAUACAAUCGAAAGUUGUCCGUUACUCUGGCUCCACAGAAAAACAAAUCAUUGAAUUUGAUAAUAAUGGUAAACCUCUGUAUUCAUCUGGUUCCUUGAAAUGCAUGUACAUAAGUGAGAACAGGAACCUGGAUAUCUGUGUUGCUGACAAUAGAGCCCGUACAGUAGUGGUUGUUAAUCGUUUGGGAAAACUCCGUUUCAGAUACACUGGUCAUCUCUAUUCUACCAAGAAAUUCAUUCCUUGCGGCAUCACCACAGACAGCCAGCUCCAGAUCCUGACAGCAGACUAUAAAAACAACUGCAUCCAUAUCAUAGAUCAGGAUGGACAGUUCCUCUGUUACCUUGAUAACUGCGAUCUAUAUGAUCCAUGGGGUUUAUGUAUAGACACCAAUGACAACCUCUUUGUGGCAGAGCAUCAGGGUAAUGUGAAGAAAAUCAAAUACAUGUAG